UUUUGAGAAAAACAAGCUGUCUAGAGAAAAAUAAUUUGAUUAAUCAAAUUACGGGUUUAUUUUUAGCUAUUUUCUUCUUUUGGAUUGGUUUUGCCUUAUUUCAAUUUAUCAUAAUUACAACUUGUCAAUUUUUGUAGGAAACAUUGUUGAUAAAAAGGAAGAAACUCAUUUGAGAAACCACGAUUAUUACUUUACUUAAAAUUGGCGUAUUUAAUGCAUCACUUGUAAUUGACCUAAAUGAUCAUCUAAUUACCUUUUUCCCAUUUUGGUAACCGAAAAAAAUGAUCAUACAUUUUUAAGCCGACAUAAUCCAGUUUAAAGAAUUUAUUUUGUUAAAAACCAUGUGUGCACAAAAAAUUUACCAUUAUUACUUAAACAAAUAGUAUUUUAUAUUAUAAAAGUCGGUAGAGGGAUCAAGAAAUCUUAAUUAUCGUUUACUGUUUAAAUCAUCAUUGAGAGUCAAGAUGAAUAUUCGUGAUAAAUAUAUUAAAAUAAUUUUAUACUGUUUCAUGGCUCACCAAUGCAAUGCUUCAGUGCCAAAGCCGAGAAAUCCUGACAAUCAAAAUUUGAGCAAAAAUAUCAUACCAGAUGACUAUAUUAGAGAAAUUCGACCACCAACAUUGAGAGGCGAACCAAUAAUAGUUGACUUUACAAUGAGAGUAGUUGAUAUUAAUUCCAUUAAUGUUGAAGAUAUGGAUUUUCGUAUGGACAUGUUUUUGAAACAGCAAUGGACAGACGCCCGAAUCCGUAUACCCGAAGAAAUGUUCGAUUACAAAGACGACUCUGUAACGUUGCCGUCGCAAUUUUUCGACAGCUUGUGGCAACCGGAUUUGUACUUUCUCAACUCCAAAGUUGUAGAAAUUGCGACUUUAACACACAAAUUUUCGUCGGUGACCCUUUACAGAAACAAAACUAUCCAGUAUUCGGCAAGGAUGCACGCCAUAGUCGCUUGCCAAAUGGAAUUUUACCAUUAUCCUAUGGAUACGCAAGUAUGUCCAGUGUCUGUGGAAAGCUUUUCCUAUAAUAAUAAAAAAAUGAUACUAAGAUGGACUGCACCUGGAGUUACUGUAAGCCCAGAAUUAAAGCUACUUCAGUACAAUAUUAUACAACCGUUGGUUUUACAGCAAACUCAUGCAUUAACUACUGAAAAAAACGGCAAUUAUUCCAGAUUAGUAGUUCUAUUUAAAUUCGAAAGACAAAUAGGCCAUCAUUUGAUUCAAACAUUUGCCCCUUCGACUUUAGUAGUGGUACUUUCUUGGUUCAGUUUUUGGUUGGAAUUAGACGCAAUUCCUGCAAGAGUUACUUUAUUGGUAACCUGUUUACUAACAUUGGUGACUAUGUUUACUGGAUUAAGGACAGAUAUUCCUGCAGUAGCUUACGUUAAGGCGUUAGAUUUGUGGAUGGCAGGAUGUAUGAUAUCGGUUUUUGCUUCUCUAGGGGAAUUUGUUAUAGUCAAAGUACUUCAAGGGAAAUAUUCGGAGUUUAAGCAAAAGGAAAACGAACGAGUUAUGGCAAUUACACCAUGGACCAACGAAUAUCCAAGCAAUAAACGUAACUCGUGUCUGAUUACUCCGAAAGUUGGAAAGUAUGGCUGGAUUACUUUAUUUUGGAAGACUGAAAAAGGAAAAAUAAAAAUAAUGUGGAAAGAAAUCGACCGAGUAUCGAGGAUAGUGUUUCCAGCCCUAUUCACUCUGUUUUCUGUGAUGUAUUGGUCGAUUUUGAUAAUCGGAAGCCGGAAUGCUGGCAACACGAAAGGAAAAAUCGUACAUUAACAAGCUUCUAUAAAUAAAAUCAUAAUAUAUAUUUCUUUAUAAUCCAAAUACAUAUUAAUAAAAAAUCUGCGACUUCAUUUUUUAAUAUUUCACUUAAUUAUAUCAUCUCAGUACAAUAAACUAACUAUAGAAUAAAAGGAGAAAAACAUAUAAUUUUUUGAUUUAACGCCUUUUUUUUUAAAUAACAAUAAAUAGAAAAAGUUUAGGUUGCAAAAAGCCUACAAGGGGGUCCAACGACAUGUUUUCAGUCUUUUUGCAUUUUUUUUUUCUCUUUAUAUGAAACAUCUUAUUUUUUUUUAAGUCGAGUUUUUAAGUAACGAAAAAAGAUAUGAUGAUACAUAUAUAGGAUUUAUUUAAAUUGUACCUAAUUAUUUAAAAAUCGUUUUAAACAAAACACGUAUUAGCUACUUAUGUACACACGUAAUAUUAGUACAAUGACAAAGUAACAAGUACAUACAUUGAAAGCAAAAAAAUAAAAUAAUUUUCGUUACCUAACAAGAAGACUUAUUUCAGUCAAAAAUUUCUUUAUAGCUUAUUUUAAUAUAAUUAUUUAUAAAAUGGAUGGAUACUUGUCAAUUUACCUAAAAAGUUAUAUAUACAAUGAUGUUCAUAAUUUCUUAUUUGCUAUAUUCAGAAAGGAAAAUUUGAUUGACAAUAUAUUUACUGCAACAAAAAUUAUAAGGACAUUAAGUUUAUUACAUUUAUAAAAUGCGAUAUAUAUUUUUACACAUCAGGAUAAUUUGUAUUGUAUUGAUAAAUAAAACUCUUAAAUCUACUCUUUUAUUUAUUUUUUAAUUCUAGAUUGGGCUUAUUCAACCAAAAACCAUUACAAUUUCAGUUAGUUGGAUCCUUUCUGUGAGUAUUAUCGAUAGAACCUUGAAGGGGGUGUGAUCAAAAAAAUAUCAGGAAAAUAAUCCAUCAGAGCCCGGAUUCCGAACCCACGAUUCGAUAGUAUCGUCCAUUUGAAAUAGAUAGACGAUACUAUCGUAUCGUGGGCUCGGAAUCCGGGCCCAGAUUGUAUCACCUGACAACUUAUCAGAAGGUGAAUAAAUCGGGUCUAAGAUGAUUGGGAUUGAAGUAUUGUAUGUUGGUAAUUGAUUUUUUUUCAGCUAAAGUUCAUUUUUGGAUCACACCCCCUGUAGUCUCAAAUAAUAACUUUCCACAAUAAUCCUCAAUUAAAACAAAUACACAUUUUUUCUGCUAAAUUCGAAUUGGCACCAGAUUUGUUCGUUUUGCGGUAACUAUUAGCAGAAAAAUAUGGUCUAUUUUUCAGAAAUCACUAGGAAUGAUUAUUUCUGAAUGACCAACAACUAGGAAAAAACACAUAAGACAAGCGGCUUAGUAAUUUUUCACACUAAAUAAAAAUAUUUCUACCGCAAUAACAUUUGGUUUUAAUGUUGAUUGAAUAAGAAUAGGAAGAUGCCGUACCUCAGAAACAUUUUUUUCAAACAAGUCAAUUUGAAUAACUAAAAUGUCUGUGUCAGAAGAUCAUAUUACCCAUUACGUGAGGCAUCUUCUGAUACUUCCUAUUCAAUCAGCAGUUUUAUGUAGAAAAAACAUAAUCAUAGUAAAAAUUUAUAUUAAUUUGAGCAUUCAAUAUUAUAACUACAGAAAACUUGUCACUAAAAAAGUUUGCGUUUGCUGUAAGAUGGCUUAGUUCAUUUUUGGUCUUGUUAUUCUUCCAGUUUAAAAAAAAAAUGUACAUUAUUUAAAUAUUAGAUUUAUAUACAAAAACUUACAACAAAUCUCAUCAGAUGUGCUGCUUAGUAAGCAGAUUUCUCGACACUAUCAUUUCACUUGAGUCACUCACGUUUUAUUUUGUUUAAUUGCACCAAUUUCCACUUAGUUUUCUAAAAAUAUUCAUAAUUUAAAUAGCAUUUAAAAAAAAAAAAAAAACAUUUUUCUCUGUAAAUUUUUUGAAAAAAACAAAAUAAAAAUUAAUGGAAUGUUGAACAUAUAAUACCUACAAAGUACUGGUCUUGGAAUAAAUAAAAUGAAUAUUUUUAGGGCAAUCUUUCGUGAAUCAAACAACACACUCUUGGAAAUUAUCACAGAGCUACAGUAUCCCGUUUGUAAAAUACUGAAAACCGUCGUAAAGCUUCGUCGACAGCGAGUGUAUACUACCUUCAACCAUACGAUUCACUUCUAGUUGAAGCUGUUCCUCUGUCAUGUUCAUAUGAAAACGAUUACGCAGAUUUUGAACUGUAGGCGCUCCCGAUUUGA